UUUAAAUCCCCGAAUGGAACUAUAAAUGAGGGUUGCAAAAUGCCUAACAGGAGCAUUCAAUCUUUGCCAUUAGGCCAAUAUCGUAGGUUCAUUACUUCAUUUGGCUCAUGAGAAUUGAGAUAGAUACCGCAUAAAAAUACCAAAUAACAAUACCGAACGGCAAGACCAACUCAAGCCUAUUUCACUCUCUCUUCUUCUUCUUCAAUGGCUAUGAGUGCAAAGCAACUAAUCAGGCCAUACAUGGCGUAUGCAACCACAAUCCGAUGUCGGACCCACCAACUCCUACUUUCGGGUCAAUCCAAGGUUGCAUUUUCCCACUGCCCCACUUCUCAAAAAACCCCUCUUCGUCUCCCCAAUUUGUUGGAAUUUUCUGGAAAAUCACCUGUAAUUUCUGCAACUCCUCUUCAAUGUAACAACUCUCGUCGUAGAUUGAGUUUUACAACUCGGGCUUCAGCUCCUCAUAAUGUUAAUGACCCUGGAUCCAUUGACUCCACUUUGAUGCAAUCUAUGGAAACCAAGAUUAGAGAUGAGCUAAAAGCUGAAUAUGUUGCUGUUAAAGAUGCUUACGGUGAUGGUCGGCAUGUCAGCAUCGAUGUUGUAUCUUCAGCAUUCGAGGGAAAAACAGCUGUGAAUAGGCAGAGAAUGGUGUACAAGGCUAUAUGGGAAGAGCUUCAAACCACUGUGCAUGCAGUUGACCAGAUGAUUACUAGAACACCCAGUGAAGCAGCUUCGAACAAGUGAAAGUAUUUAGAAUGUUAAAUACCAACUCAUUGCUCGGUUUUGAUUAUUAUAGCUGGAUUCAAUCGGCUGUGGUGGGGGUUUUAUACGUUAAUCUUAAUUGUUAAUGUUCUACAUUUCUUUGGGCUUUCUACCCUGGGAAUAUACUUCAUUUUUUUUUCUCCAGCUCUGAAAUAAUGCCUUAAAUAUGUCUAGAAUUUGUUUGCACAAGAGGCGGCUGGAAUCUUUA